UGGGCAUUUCCCUAUUUCUUAGCGUAUUGAUGUCUGCUUAAGAUGGAGAAACAUCUUAGGAACGUGAGAAAAACGCAGACCAGGACACACAGGAGAACCAAGAGCAGAGCAGAUAAAGCUGGCAACCCCAGCUGCUUUCCCUCCAAACAAUCUGAGGAAGAGGAGCCUUGUGUUGGGGUGAAGAUCGCUCAGAACAAAGCCGUUGGUAGCCACAGUCCUGAUGAGCAAGGUCGUCACAAUGAGAAGUUGAGUCGUGGAUGCAGAUUCAGCAAUAAGAGCCUUACUGGAGUAAAUGGAAGAGUUUCAGGUCGACGGCCACCACUGCAUCCCAAACCACAAGGUAGAGACAGACUCUUUGGCUUCAAGAUGCACUUCAUCUCACCUUGCAGGGGCAGCCGUGUCUCACGGGACACUCUGCAGCCGCGUUCUACCUCUCCUCACGCUCUCUGUUCCUCCCAUCCUCCUCCUAUCCUCUUUUCCUCCACUCCUCCCAUGAACCGCUCAUUCACACGUCCCCUGCAGACGCACACAUGGCUGCCCCACAAGACAGAGGAAGAGUUCUCGGACUCUAAAGAAGGUGACCUUCCUCUGCUUUCUCUCUCUCUCAACAGUCACACAGACAGUCGGAGGGAGGGCGCUCCUCUGAAGCAGGUCAGCAUAUCUCCUAACAGCAGCCCGGCUCACAAAAACUACCAGAGACAGACGGAGCAGCCCACAGACUCCGGCUCUCCUGCGAACAGCCCACGACAUGCUCUCAAACCCCCCAAUGGGGUCCUAGCCCAAAAGAAGAGAGAACAGGACAGGAAUCGGGACAUGGACGGAAUUACGCACGACACAGUUCCGGUCGUGAGAACAGACAGGCAGGGACUGCUGAACGGAGAUGCCGGUGAUGUGGCUAAGAGGGAAAUUAUGGACGAGGACUGUGUAGAUCCACCUCACGCUCACAUAGAACGGGCUAAAGAGGAGGAGAGGAAAGCGCCGGAGCAGCGUGAAGUUGUGAUGAACAGCAUCCCAGAGCAGAAGGGCAGCCGUGUCUCACGGGACACUCUGCAGCCGCGUUCUACCUCUCCUCACGCUCUCUGUUCCUCCCAUCCUCCUCCUAUCCUCUUUUCCUCCACUCCUCCCAUGAACCGCUCAUUCACACGUCCCCUGCAGACGCACACAUGGCUGCCCCACAAGACAGAGGAAGAGUUCUCGGACUCUAAAGAAGGUGACCUUCCUCUGCUUUCUCUCUCUCUCAACAGUCACACAGACAGUCGGAGGGAGGGCGCUCCUCUGAAGCAGGUCAGCAUAUCUCCUAACAGCAGCCCGGCUCACAAAAACUACCAGAGACAGACGGAGCAGCCCACAGACUCCGGCUCUCCUGCGAACAGCCCACGACAUGCUCUCAAACCCCCCAAUGGGGUCCUAGCCCAAAAGAAGAGAGAACAGGACAGGAAUCGGGACAUGGACGGAAUUACGCACGACACAGUUCCGGUCGUGAGAACAGACAGGCAGGGACUGCUGAACGGAGAUGCCGGUGAUGUGGCUAAGAGGGAAAUUAUGGACGAGGACUGUGUAGAUCCACCUCACGCUCACAUAGAACGGGCUAAAGAGGAGGAGAGGAAAGCGCCGGAGCAGCGUGAAGUUGUGAUGAACAGCAUCCCAGAGCAGAAGGAAACUAAUGAGCAGAAGCUCUACAAGAUAGCAAACGAGCUUCUGCAGACAGAGAAGGCUUAUGUUACACGACUCAACUUAUUAGAUCAGGUGUUUUAUGCCAAGCUGUUAGAAGAAGCAAGAAAAGACGCGUUCCCCAUGGAUGUGGUGAAAAACAUCUUUUCCAACAUCUCUUCCAUUAAUACCUUCCACAGCCAGUUCCUUCUGCCUGAUCUGGAAAAACGCAUGGGAGAAUGGACGUCGACACCUCGCAUUGGGGACAUCCUACAGAAACUCACUCCCUUUCUGAAGAUGUACGCUGAAUAUGUGAGGAACUUUGAUCAUGCCAUGGAUCUGCUGAAGCAGUGGACGGACCGAUCGCCUCCAUUUAAAGCCAUCAUUCUGGAAAUCCAGAGUCAAGAAGUGUGUGGAAGUCUGACGCUGCAGCACCACAUGUUGGAGCCCGUUCAGAGAGUGCCACGAUACGAGAUGCUGCUCAAAGACUAUCUGAAGAAACUUCCUCAGGAUCACAUAGACCGGCGGGAUGCUGAAAAGUCUUUAGAGAUCAUUGCCAUGGCUGCCACUCAUUCCAACUCUGCCAUUAGGAAAACAGAAAACCUUAAGAAAUUGCUGGAGAUUUAUGAGAUGCUGGGGGAGGAAGAGGACGUUGUGAACCCUUCGAAUGAGUUAAUAAAAGAGGGUCAUAUUCUGAAACUGGCAGCAAGAAACACUUCAGCCAUGGACAGAUAUCUCUUCCUAUUCAACAACAUGCUGCUGUACUGUGUUCCCAAGUUUAGCUUGGUGGGACAGAAGUUUACGGUUCGCACACGUAUCGGCAUUGAUGGCAUGAAGGUGACGGAGACGUACAAUGAGGAUUAUCCUCACACCUUUCAGGUUUCUGGAAAGGAACGGACACUGGAGCUGCAGGCCAGCUCUGAACAGGAUAAAGAAAGCUGGAUAAAGGCGUUCCAGGAAACGAUACACAUCUAUCUCCAGAAAAAUGAGACCUUUAAGUCAGCAUUCAAAGAUGUGGAGGAAGUAACGGAUCUCAAGAUAUCAGAACUGGGUAAAAGAGCUCCUCGCUGGAUUCGAGACAAUGAGGUGACCAUGUGCAUGAGGUGCAAAGAGGCCUUUAAUGCCUUAAUGCGCAGGAGACAUCACUGUCGGGCCUGUGGAUACGUGGUCUGCGGGAAGUGCUCAGACUACAAAGCCCCUCUGGAAUAUGAUGGGAAUAGGAUGAACAAGGUGUGCAAAGACUGUAACUCCAUCCUGACAGGCAAUAUAGACAGUGAGGAGAGGGAGGGCAAGAAGAAGGGCAUUCUAGAGGUGAGUUCAGGAUCAUGUGACCUGGGGUCAGAGCUGCAUUCUUUAAUGUAUCAAUGACCACACACUGUACUGUCAGAAAAAAAGGACAUCAUAUAACCUUUAUAUAUAUACAGUUUCGGAAGAAAAUCCGACGUCCACGAACUGUUGCGGUGAAUUCGGCAGCGGUAAGAUCGGUCGGUAACACUUUAUAAUAAC